AUGGUGGAUACUUUAAAUAUUCAAACAAUUAGAACAGUUCAUACCCUGUGUUGUGUUACUAGUAAAAAAGCUUGUCAAUUAUUCAUGCAGGAAAUGCAUGACUAUUGGAAAAAAGUUUCGAAUGUAUUGGAAAUGGUUGUUUAUUGGAAACGAUAUCAAUCUUUUGAGGGAUUUUCAUUAGCAAGAGGAGAUAUUUCAGUUUAUGAUUCAGUUUCGCUUGUGAAAAUGCAAAAACUUAUUGAGGCAACUGAGAUGAAUUCCAACAGAGAAUAUUCACAAAUUAUUGAUCCAUCUAUGUGUGGCUUUCACUAUCAGAUACCUGUGGACUUGGAUGGAAUUCCUAAUGAUUUUGCAAACGAGGAAGUGAACAAGUUAUUUGAGGAAAGAGUUGAUACGUUAAUGAUAUCUGAAUCUAAAUUUGAAAAGAUUAAAUCUAUCACUCAAUUGGAACCAUAUGACCUGUAUUUACACAAGGCAUUUAUAUUGGUACUUGAUAUGAUUACUUAUUUUGAUAGUGAGAGAUUUAAGAAUGAUAGUUAUAUGUAUUGGGAUACAUUGGAAAGAAGUUGUCUUAUUUCGAAAGGUUUAGUUUCAAGUAACCCAACAGAUCGCUCACUUGGUUUUGUAAUUGAUAUGGAAACUGAUAUUGAAAGUUUAAUGCUCUUGAGACAAUUGGAGCCCACUUGUGUGGCCCUUUCAAUUAAUUUCACAUCAGAGCACUAUCAACAAUUUGUAAUACCCAACAAAUAUGCUCAAUUUUUAUGCUUUUCUUUCCAAAUUCCCAAUGAAACUUCAACUGAAUACGACAACUUCCUUGAUGGUCAAGAAUUUCCUAAUGUUAUUGAUUUAACCAUCAGGUUGGCUUCCAGUGAUUCGAAUUAUUAUUUUAAAAUUGAUACAGAACGAUUAGAGAGGAAUAUUCUUUCCGCCAUAACAAGGAAGAAAUUCCCCAAGUUAUUAAGAAUUUCAAUACAAGGAUGUUCCUGUAUUUAUAAAUUGUUAGAGCAGGAAAUAUUUUCAGAGCUGGCCUAUGUGGAAAUUAUUCCACAGACCGACAGAGAUAUGGAACUUUACAAUUGGUCUGAAAGAAGAGUUCACAAUUUCAUCAAUCAUCACUUUAUUGAGAAGGAUCAUUCAUUGAUUCAUCAAUUGGUUGUCCAUGCAAAGAUUGUUAGGAAUGACCCUGAUGCCAAAUAUGACACCAUUAAGGAAUUGUACGAUAUGAGCAGGGGUAAAUUUGCGGCUUGCAUUUCACACUCCUCAAUCAAUGAAUAUUAUGACAGAUGCUAUGAGUAG